AUGCAGUUCGUAAAAUCUUCCGUAUAUCAGGCAGAGAUUACUGAAGGGGGCGUGCGAGAAAGAGAGGUAGACACGCGCUCCCGGGAGGAAGUCGAGCUCCAGGAACGCCUGCGCAAGCUUCCGGAAUUCAGUCGGAAUCCGAACUUCAAGAGUUAUGCCGAACAGGUGCUGGAGGGCCUGCCUUCUACCACACCCGAGCCCCCUCCUUCGACUGAGGGGAAGCAGAACCCAAAUCUCCCUCACUCGGUGACAGAGGAGGAGUUCGAGUUCUACGAGGCACUGCGGGCCCAAGACAGACGGAAGAAGCUGGCCCGCCAACGGGAAGAAGAUGCAAUGCGCGACGAGUUCCAUAAGGCCAGGGAGGCCUCUAUGAAGCUCUCCGUCUCUUCAGUUGGCUCAGCUGGGAGGGAGCAGCACAGCGCAGAGUCAGACGGCAGUAGCCUGCCCUCCGUAGGAAAGCUUUCUCCCUUUGCUGCACUGGGAGCGCAGAAGCAACGAUAUGGCGGAGCAUCACCCCUUGGGGAUGGUUCAAUCUUUGAGCUUACUACAAGGGCAUUUCAGGAAAAACGGAAAAGAAGGGCACUUGAUGCACGUCGGACUUUUAAUUUGGUAGUCAAGAAGCCAAAGGACAGUGAGGCGCCUUCGAAAAUUCCAUCAGACAAGGCGGUAGAGGCUGCAGGCGCCGGUGGCAGGGAUGAUACAGCAGCGAAGGCGAACGAAGACGCAACCACUGCGAGCACCAGCAAAAGUUAUGGGUCCAACAAAGGUGAAGACAAGGCAAGGGUGUCUGAUAAAGAAGAACAAAACGUCUUUGCUUCUCUAUGCGAUGCAUAUGGAGACAACGAUGAAGACAACAGCGACAAUUCUGGCUGA